ACUGACUGACACAUUAACACUGAAAAAAAGAGCCCAUACAGGGUAUUGUAACGUCAACUAUAAUGCACAAUCCCAGCUCCUAUCAAUACGAUCUUGGUUCGUAUACUCGAAAGAUCACCACAUCCGCCCCGCACGCUCAGACAUGGUUCGACCGGGGCUUUAUCUGGAGCUAUGCAUUCAACCACGAGGAAUCCGCCCGGUGUUUUGGGAGAGCAAUCGAAGAGGACCCAGAGUGCGCCAUGGCAUAUUGGGGUCUCGCUUUUGCUCUCGGGCCGAACUACAAUAAACCUUGGGACUUAUUCGAUGAGAAAGAGCUCGAGACAACACUGGAGAAGAUAAACGAGGCAAAUGAAAAAGCUAAACAGUAUACACACGGUAGGACAGGUCCAGAAAGAGCUUUGAUCGACGCGAUACAGGUACGCGUUCCCAAGGACCUGAACGAAGCCGCGUUCAUUGCCUGUAACGAGGAGUACGCAAAAGCUAUGGAAGACGUCUAUAGGCAAUUCCCUGAAGACAUGGAUAUCACUUGCCUCUACGCCGAUGCUCUCAUGAAUCUCUCAGCAUGGAAUCUAUGGGAUCUCAAGACGGGUGAAGCCACCCCUGGGUCACAUGCACCCAAGGCAAAGGUCAUACUGGAAAAGGCCCUACAGGACGUUAGCUCCCAGGAACACCCUGGUCUGCUCCAUUUGUACAUCCAUCUGAUGGAAAUGUCAAAGACGCCAGAAGCAGCAUUAGCCUGUGCAGAUCAUCUGAGAAGAGUUACCCCGGAUGCCGGCCAUCUGGUCCACAUGCCAAGUCACAUCUGGAUCCUGGUUGGUGAUUACGGGCGUGCCAUUGACUCGAACGCAGAUGCGUGCUUGGCAGACGAGAAGUACGUCGCCGAACAUGGGACACAGAACUUCUACUCCUUUUACAUGAUGCAUGACUAUCAUUCGCUUAUAUACGCGGCAAUGUUUGCGGGGCAGUACAAGGUUGCAAUGGAUGCUGUCAAUCGCAUGGAAGCCUCGCUACCUGUGUCACUCCUGCGCAUUGAGAGCCCACCCAUGGCAGACUGGCUCGAGAACUUUUCGUCAGUACGCGUCCAUGUGCUAGUGCGCUUUGGGCGAUGGGCAGAACUGAUUGCACUUCCAAUGCCCGACGAUACGAGUUUACAUUGUGUUACAACGGCCAUGAUUCAUUACGGCAAGGGAGUUGCUUAUGCCGCUACUGGUGAUAUCGAGAGGGCACAGAAGGAACGUGCCGCCCUGAUUGCAGCGGUAGAGCGGAUACCGUCCUCCCGUAUUUGCGGGGACUUUCCAAACAAAUCGAAUGUAGUGCUCAAGGUCGGGAUAGCAAUGCUAGACGGCGAGCUCGAGUAUCGGAAGGGUAAUUUUGAAGAGGCCUUCAAGCAUCUUGAAACAGCUAUUGACCGGGAUGAUGGGCUUACCUAUGCUGAGCCGUGGCCCUGGAUGCAGCCGACCAGACAUGCGUACGCCGCCUUGCUCAUGGAGCAGGGCCGAAUAGAAGAUGCAGCAGGAGCAUACAGGGCUGAUCUAGGGUUUGACGACACGCUGCCUAGAGCGAGGCAGCAUCCGAAUAACGUUUGGGCAUUACACGGCUACCAUGAGUGUCUGCUGAAGCUGGGAAGGGUCGAGGAAGCAGGGAUCGUAGGGCAGCAAUUGCGGAUCGCGCUUGCUGUAGCGGAUGUAACUAUCGACGCCAGCUGCUACUGUCGGCAGGGUGGGAGGGCAUAGUAGGCGAGUGGGUACAUUGAUGGCUAGAGUAGGACCGGGCGCGACUAUCACCAACAAUGGCGUCUCUGGUUCUGUUUCCACUUGGGUGCUCACACCCUGAUGAUGGUUGAGGGCGAUCUCCCAGCAUCGUGGGGACAUUCCUAUGUGGUAUAGGCGGGAAUGCCUUGAAUCGAUUCAUGGUUCGCAGAGAGCUUGGCUUGAUUUGCAUGGUCGGAUGGCGCACCCCCCCGAUUGCAUUGUGCAAUCGGAUGACCGCGUAUGUGGCUGUGAUGGUUCCCCUUUUGCUUGAUUUGCUAAUUGCGUAUAACAGGCGGCUUGGGUGUGCGUUGGAAGCUGGGUGCGAUGGCAUGCAGAGGCAAAGGGGCGACGCGCAGGACGACGUGCCGUGUAUCU